CUCAAUUUUUUCCCCACCAGGUAUGUACAGAGCUUGCUGGACAUCAUGGUGUUCCUGGAUAAGGACCCUGAAGACUCUGGGGCCCUGGGACAAUUCACCAAUGCCCUGGUCACGAUCCGAAACCGUCACAACGAUGUAGUCCCCACCAUGGCACAGGGUGUGAUUGAGUACAAAGAGGCUUAUGGGGAUGACCCUGUCUCCAACCAGAACAUCCAGUAUUUCCUGGACCGCUUCUACCUUAGCCGCAUCUCCAUUCGUAUGCUCAUUAAUCAGCAUACUUUGAUUUUUGAUGGCAGCACCAACCCGGCCCAUCCCAAGCACAUUGGCAGCAUUGAUCCCAACUGCAACGUUUCAGAGGUAGUUAGAGAUGCGUAUGACAUGGCCAAGCUGUUGUGUGACAAAUAUUACAUGACUUCUCCUGACUUAGAGAUCCAGGAAGUAAAUGCCCCUGGAACCAGACCCCAUCCAUGGCUUACUAACCAGCUCGACCAGUCCAUCCACAUGGUUUAUGUCCCAUCCCACUUGUACCACAUGCUCUUUGAACUGUUCAAGAAUGCCAUGAGAGCCACUGUUGAAAGCCAUGAGUCCAGUCCCAGAUUGCCACCCAUCAAAGUAAUGGUGGCAUUGGGGAAUGAAGAUCUCUCUAUCAGGAUGAGCGACCGAGGAGGUGGAGUUCCUCUCCGGAAGAUUGAACGACUCUUCAGCUACAUGUAUUCUACAGCACCCAAACCAGAACUGGGCACCGGUGGGACGCCCUUGGUAGGUGUUAAGUAGACCAGAAAAUUGAGG